UAUUCAAUGUUUGUCUUUUAUAUAUUAUGUAAUAGUCCCAGUGCCACCGAAAGUCGGUUUCUUUAGCUUUUAUUUGUGUCAAAGGUGGUACUGCAUUAGUAUAYCUACGUCUCGUUCAUUGGUCGUUAUACUUUUUCAUGUCAAAGCUUGGCCAAAAYCUCAAAUUUAUUUUCCUUCUUUUUUUGUAUUUUUUMGCCUCUCAAGCUGCAUGGUCAUAAUUCCCAGCCAGUGGUGUUGCAUAUAUUUCAUUCGUGUUAACACAUUACAUCAAAMUUCCUUUUUUGUAUACAUCUAUUUCAUCAUUGCCUUUGUUGUUCGUCAUUUUUACAUUCAAAGGUUCCGUAAGUAUCACUAUUAUUAUAAUAUAAGGUUCUAAUUAUUAUUCCCCAAUUCAGCAGGGCGUUCAAGGCGUACUUACAGAACCACGUGGUUGUGGAUUGUAGCAUUAUUAUUAUUUGUGGUGCAUUUGUGGUUGUGUUAGUCKUUGAACUGGUGGCUCGUUGGUCRUACAUUCUCGAGAUUGUCACACAUUUUAUUUUAUAUUGUAUUAUUUUUUAUUGUACAAGUGUGGGCUUCCCGAGACGGUAGCGUUCCGGUUUGAAGCCGCCAACGGACACCAGUUACCAGCGGGAGGAGAGAUGGCAAAGAUUUUAUGUCUGUAUGACAUUUAUAAUAUUUGGAUGAUUUUCGUUUGGCGCAAGAUUGUAAAAAUGAAAAUUUCAAAGUGUUUAGGCAAUUUGUAUGAUUCAUUUUUUACGAGAAAUUCACAUACAGACUGRUGGUGCCAGCAAUAAAGAAAAAGAUGCUGCAUGGAAUGAAAUUGGUAAUGGUUACAAUUGUCAACAAGUUAGUGGCAUUAGAAGCAUUCGUCAAUUAAAAUCAGUAUACGAUGUACAAAAGAGGAAAGCUCGCAAGGACAAAAGUGAUAACAGGGUUGAAGUUUACAAGACUGGUGGUGGCUGUAAUUUUUCAACUUUAUCAAAUACGACAGAAAAAGUUAUUGGUAUCUUAGCUGAUCGUUUAGAUCCUUUACAAAACCAUUUUGAUUCUGAUUCUGAUUUUCCAGAUAAUAAUAAGACAAUGAAUGUUGAACAACUAGAUCAAUACAUAAUUGAAACCAUAAACGAAGAAGUUCUAUCAGAUAACUCUAAUUUGUUUGAGCAGGAUGCAUUAAYAAAUAAAAGAUCUUCAGAAACACCGUUAACAACUAGAAACAAAGUAAUGAGAACAAUAGACAAACAAUCUAUUAACCAUGAUGUUGGAACUGUUAGUACUCCUGUAACCAAGAACAUAGAUAUAGAAAUUAAAAAACAUGGCUCUUCUUCAAAAAAAGUAUAUGAAGGGUUGCACCGUUUGACUUCUAAACAUUUGAGUUUAAUUGAUGAUAAAGAAAAGGUGAAAGAAAAUUUAAAUUCAAUAGCAUUAAGAAAAACUCAAUUACAUUUGGAGACUGCAGAAAUUGAACUUAAGAUAGCUGUUAAAAGACAAGAUACUGAAAAUGAAAAGAAUGCUUCAGAACUCAGACAAAUGAAACUAAAAGAACAAAUUCUAGAGUCUGAGUUUAAACAAAAUAAAAUGAAGGAAACCAUUCUAACUAAACAAUUAUGUAAUAUGUGA